ACGUCUGCUGAGCAGCAUCUUUUCUUAUCUCCUUCGCAGCAUCUUUCCUUAUCUCCCUGCAACUUCCCCAAACGGCGGUGGCGGGAGGGACUUCCCCAAAUGGCGGCGGCGGGAGGGACUUCCUCAAACGGCGGCGGCGGGAGGGACUUCCCCAAACAGCGGCUUCACGGCUCCAGGGAGACACCACCUGCACGGGCGACUUCACCUGCACGGGCGACUGCACGGGCGACUUCACCUGCACGGGCGCAUCCUUCGGCCGAUCCGAAGACACCAUGCCUCCAGGGAGGAAGGGAAUACGAAGCACAAGGGAACCCCCACCAGAAAUCACUUCUACUGAGUAUGAGAAACAAAGGGCAGCAAAUGUGAUGAGGAACAAUCAGAUGUUCCAACGGCUUGGGAUUAAUCAGUUACGCACAAUGAUGACUGCUACAAGAGUAAAGAGCAAAUAUGAUGGUCCAGAGGAAUCAGGGUCUUUGUUUGAUGGCGAGGAUAGUGAAGGCUCUGAGCCAGAGGAGGAUUCCCAUGUUGCACAAGGUGUACGUAGCCACAACCCAACUCAUGUUGCUGACAAACCUACACAACAAACACGAGAUUCCAAAAGGGUUGUGGCCCCUGAUGUUCAUGGACAACAGAUUAGAUUCACUAGGCAAAGGAGUGCUGCCAUAAAUCAACAAUCCUCCCUAAGCCUAACUACUACUACACAAGCUGGUUCAAGAGCCACCACAAACCAAGAAUCCACCCAAAACUUGGCUGCUGCAACACAAUUUACUUCAAGUGUUGCCACUGAGCAAGAUUACACCGCAGGCCUGACUACUACUGCACAACCUACUUCUCCCACACAAGCUGAGGUCAAUGACAACAAUAGAGAUGAAGAAUUGGUACCAAGGCAAAGAAGUAGGGGCAAACAACUUGAAUCCUUGAGCAGAGGGUUAGGCACUAAGAUUCCAAUCCAAAUCUCUAAUGGGAAGCGAAGGCCAGAGCCACCUAUUCAGACUGCAAAGUUUGCAUCGGAGGGUGGGAUCAUAUUGAGGCAACACAUUCCAAUAUUUCCGCACUGGAAGGAGUACAAGAAGCAAGAGAACGAGGGUAAAAUUACAGACUACAUUGGGAAGCUUGCUGGUCAAUUCACCAUGGAUGUUGAGAGUAAUGCAGUAAAAGAUGCAUGUGUUGAUAUGCUAAAGGGUGGACAGCGCCAAAUGAGGUAUAGGCUGAAAAAAAAGUACUUCACUGGAGUUCCUGCAAAUCAAGUGAGGACUACAUCACCUGUUUCAUGUAUCACUGAUGAUCAAUGGAGAGAGUUGGUACAAAUGUGGUCUAGCCCAAACCACAAGAACAAUUGUGUGAAGAACAAACUUAAUCGUGAGAAGGUGCAAUUUCCACAGUGCACAGGAUCUCAAUCAUAUGUUGCAAAAGCUUAUGUAGUGAGACAAGAAAAAUAUAAAGAUGUCGAACCUAGUGCAAUUGAUCUUUUCAAGGAGAUGCAUUGCAGCAAGAAAAAAGGAUUUAGUGAAGUUGUUCAGAAAGCCAUAGGUGAUAUGGAAGCAAUGGUGGCAACACCAGCUGAAGAUGGACAGCUUACAAAGUCUGCAACAGAAGUUGUUUCCAAUGUACUGCCUGGUUCAAGUAAAUUUCUUCACAAUGCUGGCCUUUUGCCCUCCUCCAAGAGAAGCAACACAGGGACUGUUUCAGCAAGAAUGCAAGAGCUUCAGUCUCAAUUGGACAAUGAGAGGCGAGAAAAAGAUGGACUUCGAGAAGAUAUGGAUACCUUAAAAGCCAAGUCACAAGCAUCUGAGGCAACCAUUGCUAAUCAAUCAACUGAGAUUGCAGAUUUAAAGAAGUCCUUAGCAGAAAAUAGCAUCCUACUUCGACAGAUAUUAAGUAUUAGUCGUGAUCAGCUGAAUCCUUAAGCAUGCUUGCUAAGAUGCUGGUGUCAACCAUCCUGAAUACACAUCUCACAAAACUGUGGACCUCUUUUUAUCCUUAUGUUUGCUAUAUGGAACUGCAACUUACAGUCUAUUAUAUGUGUUCUCUUGCUAUAGAGUUUUAGUACUUGUCUGGUUAAAGAAUUAUGAACCAUGUUCUUUUGUGUGUUGGACAUAUUAUGCUUGAAAUAUAUGGAUGUUGGAAAAA